GAAAACCAAGCAAGCACUCAUUUUUCUGGUUACACCCACCGCCAUGGAAUCAGAGGCGCAAAUGAAGCUUGUGAUGGGCCUCUCCCUUCUGGUGGUCUUGACCGCCGGAGUCCACGGGUGGACCGGUGAGAUCCGGGGACGCGUUGUCUGCGACGUGUGCGGCGAUUCCUCCAUUGGUCCCGAGGAUCACAUCCUUGAAGGUGCCGAGGUGGCGGUUCUCUGCAUUACAAAAUCAGGGGAAGUCGUGAACUAUCAAGCAUUCACGGACUCAAAGGGAGUCUACAAGGUAGCGGAAACGAUGCCCGAGAGCGAGCGGUGGGACGCGUGCCUGGCCCGGCCAAUCAGCAGCUUCCAUGAAGGCUGCUCCCGUCUCGGACGGGGGAGUGCAGGGGUCAAGUUCACCUAUAGUCACCUCUCAGGUUACUUCCAUACAGUUCGGCCAUUUGUGUAUCGACCCGCCUCUGAUGUUCCAUCGUACUGCAUGUAAUGUGAGCGUUGGUUUCAUGCUCCGUGCUUACAGUAUGAUGUACGUAUAUCAGAUCGAAAAACGUCCAUUCUCAACAAUACCGAAAAUGGAUGCUCUGUUGUAUUUGCAAUAAUCGUAUGGAACAUGACAUAGAGAACAGCGGACUCUACAUAGUGGUGAAACUACCGUAUUAUUCGGUUCGCCAUGUCUCCUUGCUUGUGAGAGCCUCGACAGGUCAAACAUUACAGGAUGGAAUGAAAUCGGCAGUACAAAUUAUCGAUAA